AUGGAAAGGAAUUAUGGAGGUGCCUGUGAUGGGGAAGGGAAUUGUGGAUACGAGAAUGGGGUGAUGAUGACAAGAGACCCCAAACCAAGACUAAGGUGGACGCCUGAUCUUCAUGACAGAUUUGUAGAUGCUGUCACUAAACUUGGUGGCCCUGACAAAGCAACUCCCAAGUCUGUCUUGAGGCUAAUGGGCUUGAAGGGAUUAACAUUGUACCACUUGAAAAGCCAUUUGCAGAAGUAUAGGCUUGGACAGCAUGCUCGGAAACAAAACUCUGGAGAAGAACACAACAGAGAGAAUAAUCGGGAUUCAUAUGUACAUUUCAGUAAUCAUCAUUCAACAGGUUCGAGCGCCAAAUCGUCGAGAGGUGGUAAUGCGGAACAAGGAACACUUCCAUUUUCUGAGGCACUCAAGUGUCAGAUUGAAGUACAAAACAGAUUGCAAGAGCAGCUUGAGGUUCAGAAGAAGUUGCAGAUGAGAAUAGAAGCGCAAGGGAAGUACUUGCAAGCCAUAUUGGAGAAGGCCCAAAAGGGCCUCUCCCUAGACAUGAAAGGCCCCACUACUAUAGAAGCUACAAGAGCCCAAUUAACUGACUUCAAUUUGGCUCUAUCAAAUUUUAUGGAGAAUAUACAUGAGGAGGAUAGAAGAGGAAAGAGCAGUGGUUCAACUUUUGAGAUUUAUGAAGAGGGAAAUACAGAAGAAAAUAAAGAUGCAAAGCUUAAGGUUGAGAGGGGCUCUAUAAAUUUUGACUUGAAUACUAAAGGGAGCUAUGAUUAUGUUGGUUCAAAUGCAGGUGAUUUCGAACCGAGACGCUUUCGUUUACAAGAUACUACACUUUGA